GUGUAGCCCAAAUUAAAAGGUCCACAAUCAAACCCAAGUGUACCCAACUCUUUCAUUUACCUCCGUUUGUUCUCUGAAAACUCAAGCAUUCCAGUUUCUUCCUCCUUCGUCAAGCCAACACCAAAUUCAACCCAAAAGCAAAAGCAGCCAUGGCAGUAAAAAAAUCAACCUCUGCUCAUGCCAAACGCUCUCGGAAAAAAGCUGCUGCUUCAUCUUCUUUGAUCCCCAAAUUCAUGAAAAACCCCAAAACAACAAUGGCGUUGGCUUUACUCAUCAUUGACUCCCUCCUUGUCUCCUUCAUCAUCGCUUACGUCCCUUAUACGAAGAUAGAUUGGGACGCUUACAUGUCUCAGGUAAGUGGGUUUCUUGGAGGAGAAAGGGAUUAUAAGAACUUGAAAGGAGACACUGGACCGCUUGUUUACCCAGCUGGUUUCCUUUAUGUUUAUUCUGCUAUUCAGUAUGUUACUGGAGGACAAGUUUUUCCAGCUCAGAUUUUGUUUGGGAUUUUAUACAUCAUAAACCUGGGCAUUGUCUUAUUAAUCUAUGUAAAGACUGAUGUGCUUCCGUGGUGGGCUCUUAUCCUGCUUUGUCUUUCAAAGCGAGUUCACUCAAUAUUUGUGCUUCGUCUGUUUAAUGACUGUUUCGCAAUGACACUCCUCCAUGCUGCAAUGGGAUCUAUUCUUUUUGGAUGGUGGCAUUUGGGGUUGAUUAUUUUUAGUGCUGCCGUUUCGAUAAAGAUGAAUGUCCUACUCUAUGCUCCAUCUCUUUUUAUACUCAUGCUAAAGGCUAUGAGUAUCAGUGGGGUAAUAUCAGCUUUAGCUGGUGCGGCACUUGUGCAGAUUGUGCUGGGGCUGCCAUUUUUAUUAUCAUUUCCAAUUGAAUAUAUAUCACGAGCCUUUAAUCUUGGACGUGUCUUCAUCCACUUCUGGUCUGUCAACUUCAAGUUUGUUCCCGAACCAAUUUUUGUGUCAAAGGAAUUUGCUGUCUCUUUGCUGAUUGCUCACCUUGUAUUACUCGUGGUAUUUGCUCAUUAUAAAUGGUGCAAGCAUGAAGGUGGGCUUUUUAAAUUUUUGCGCUCGAGGAUUAGUUUCUGUUCGAUAACAUCUGGCUCUGCAUGGCCGAAAACCCUCAAGAAAGAACAUAUCGUGACAACGAUGUUUGUUGGAAACUUCAUCGGCAUUAUAUGUGCCCGUUCAUUACAUUAUCAAUUCUACUCGUGGUAUUUCUAUAGUUUGCCUCACCUUCUGUGGAUAACACCUUUCCCUACGUUGCUUCGCGUGUUGAUUUUCGUAGGAAUCGAGCUGUGCUGGAACGUAUUUCCAUCAAACUUGUAUUCGUCUCUCCUACUCCUUUGUCUUCACUUACUUAUACUGUGUGGUUUAUGGUAUUCUAUGGCCGAGAAUCCUUACGAGAGCGAUAAAUCAGAUAGUCGAAAGGUAAAAUGAAGCGCGCGGCCAGCACAUUUGAUGAACUGUUUUAUCAAAAGCUUUUUACGAGGUGGGAAUCCAGGCAAACCGUAUCUUUUUUUCUUAAAUUCUUAAUUUACACUUCACACAUAGGAAGAGGUAUAGAUGCAUGUGUGAGAGUCACGUGCCUAGAAUCAUGAUGUACUUUCUUUUGUUUGGGCCAGUAAUCAUCAUGUACUUCAGUUGGAUGAAAUGCUUGUCUGAACUUUCUUUAUUUUAGCAAUUGAUGAAUCCAUUCCCUUGAGAAAAA